AUGACCGAUAUUGCGUGGAAAGAUAUGGCGCCCACUGUGGCUGCCGUGGGAGUCAUUGUUUUCGCCUUGCGCCAGUAUUCCAAGUACAAUAAGGCCCAACGAGUCGUCUUUCAGUUUACGAUUGUUUUCUUUAUUCUGGGACUUUCUCUGUUUGUCGCGAGUCAGUUGCUGAGUCUCGUUAAUGCUUAUUUGUGA